UUGAAUUGUUUUGAAAUUUUGUAACUAAAAACAAAGUUCGAUUAUAAUGUAUAACUUAUAUUCGUUUUAAAUCAAAUAUGGAAAGUACAUUUUUUGAAUAUCGCGAUUCUACAAAAGUAGAAGGCGACUCUGAAACAGAAGUUAUUGACGAUAGUUUUGUCGGAGAUCAAUCGUUUACUACUAAAAAGAAACAAGGUUUUAAGAAUCAGACUGUUUUCAUUUCAGAGUCUGAGGAAUCGGCGUCCGAAGAUGCCACUGAUGAAGAUGAUAAUGCUAAAAAGUACUCUUCAACCAACAAUAAAAGCGAUGCCGCCCCCACCGUUAUAUCAAGCAGUGAAGAUGAAACAAGAAGAGAAAGCUUAAUGAGUUCCACCAGCACAUCAAGAAAAUGUGAAGAUAGUUCUUCUGAUGAAGAAAUGUCUCCUGAAAUCGUGCCACGACCACGCCCCAACCCAAAAACACCGCGCAGGUCUUCGGAUUCUUUUAUCGGUCGGAGGAACAGGAAACGUAUUAUGAUCCUAGACUCUGACACGGACAACUCCAUUGUCAUAGAACAAAACAAGAACAAAAAGCACGCCUGUCUGCAGCAAACACCUCUCAAGGUGAAUGAUAAUGUUUUAGCUAAUGCUAUAACUGACAAUCAUGACAACACUGAUGUUAGUCAUCUAAGUGACACAAAUGAAAAGUAUAUAGAAAGUAGUGAAGACGAAAAUGAUUGCCAAAAAGUGCACCCUCUUGAUAACCUUCUUGAUGAAGUUAAUAAUGACAAAGAAGAAAGUAGUAAGAAAAGAACAAGUAAUUACGAAGAUGAUGGUGACGAUAAAGAAAUUACAAAAGAUUCCAUCAACUCUACGGUUGAAAAUAAAAGUGGUGAAGUAGAGAGUGAUGAAUAUGAUGAUCACAUGGUGAUGUCCCGCGCCACGCGGAUGAGUAUCAUGGGUUUCGUGCCAAAGGAGACGGCCAGUGACGAAUCCGACUACAUACAGUCCGACGAUAAUUCUUCGCGUCCAGGCUCCUCUAACAGCUUGGAGGAGCUACCUGACUUCGGCGCCUCUCUUCGGAUGUCGCCUGAAAAAGCAAACGAGGCGGAAGAAGACAAAGAUAAUUCUAGGCUAAUUUGUUCCCCUUUCACCAGUCCACUGAAAGAUGUCACCAAUGAAUUUAACGAGUCAUUUAAAGACAAAUCCAAACGUAAAAGUAAAAUCGAGAACGAGAUAUGUGAUUUGACGCACAACGAAGUGGAAGUGUACGACCUCACUGGCAGCAAACGCGCUUCUCUCAGGAACAAAGUGUUGAACAGCAUACAGCGUGACAACAGCGGCUACAAGGAGAAUGUCAUCAACGACGAUGUCACCAUCAUCGACCGCGAGCCCGAGAUCAUCGCGCUCAGCAGCGACGACGAAGAGCCGGUAAAAGAGGAGAAGAAAUCCCCGAAGGUAAAAAAAUCUCCGAGUAAGAGGAGUGAGAAGUUGGAGAGUAAGAGCGAGAAGGUGGGCGGAGACAUGCGGCAGUACCUCCUCCCCCCCAGCUACCCAAACCAGGUGGUGUACGUGAAGAAGCACGUGCGCGAGAACGAGCUGCAGAAGCUGACCGGCCUGCAGGAGGACCUGCACAACGUCAGGAACCUCCUGGAGAACAUGGACGUGGGCACGUUACCUGACGGCGGAGUGAGACUCAUCGAGCGGCUGACUGCUCUGGAGCACGCCGUGCGUCUGCAGGGGGACAAGGUCGCCAACAUGCUGAUCGAGCCCGAUGAACCUACAGCUGAAGAUAUUGCCAAGGACGGCUUCGGCGCCGAGGAUAAGGGUCUCUCCUGGGACGACAUCAAGAAAGCCAGCGAGGCCGUGCAGCCGAGGAUGUUUGGCAAACAAGCUAUGUCGACGCACAUGGCGGAGCGCAACCUGAUCCUGGAGCGACUGCGCGACCUGCACGAGGCGCUCGCCUCCCGCCCGCCCGAGCACGAGCUGGCGACCGCGCCCGCCGCCCUCGCCACCCAGCUCAUGCCGCACCAGCUGCACGCGCUCACCUGGCUGCGCUGGCGCGAGACGCAGCGCCCCGCAGGCGGCAUACUCGCGGACGACAUGGGGCUGGGCAAGACCAUCACGAUGAUCUCGCUGGUGGCCAGCGACAAGGAGGCGACCGAUGAUGAGGACGACGACAGCGAUGACGCCGGCCGCGGCGGCAAGCAGCUGGUGCGGGGCGGCACGCUGGUGGUGUGCCCGGCGUCGCUGGUGCAGCAGUGGGCGGAGGAGACGACCCGCCACUGUCGGCCGCACCGCCUCAGCGUCUGCAUGCACCACGGCACCGCGCGCGCCACGCAGCCGCACCGCAUCGCGCACCACGACCUCGUCAUCACCACAUACAAUAUACUGCUGCGCGAGGCCGAGAAGAACGGGGCGCUGAUGCGCGUGCAAUGGCGGCGCUGCAUCCUGGACGAGGCGCACGUUGUACGCAACCACAAGAGCGCGACCGCGGGCGCCGUGCUGCCCGCCAGGCUCCGUGCUCGCCGCCGCUGGGCGCUCACCGGCACCCCGCUGCACAACAAGGACCUCGACCUCUUCGCCCUGCUGCGCUACCUCGGCUGCUCGCCCUUCGACGACCUCCAGAUGUGGAAGAAGUGGAUCGACAACAAGAGCCUGGGCGGGCAGGAGCGGCUGAGCACGAUCAUGCGUUGCAUCAUGCUGCGGCGCACCAAGCAGCAGCUGCAGGCGCGCGGCCAGCUCGCCUGCCUGCCCGCGCGCGACACGCACGACCUGGACGUGACGCUGGCGCGCGACGAGAUGAACGUCUACCAGAAGCUGCUCGUGCUCUCCAAGACGCUGUUCGCGCAGUUCCUGCAGCAGCGCGCCGAGCAGCGCCACGACCAGCUCGGCGACCGCGGCGCAUACCACGCCAUGCACCGCCGCAUGGUCAAGUUGCAAGGCGUGAAGCCGGUCAAGUCACACGAGAUCCUGGUGCUGCUGCUGCGUCUGCGCCAAGUGUGCUGUCACUGCGGCCUCAUCGCCGCCAUGCUGCGCGACGACCCCGCAGACCCCGCGCCGGACCCCGCAGACCUCCGUGACCUGCACGCAGACCCCGCGGAGCAGGACCUGCUCGACGAACUCAACAAGCUCGUGCUCGAAGAUAGCAGCAAUAAGAGAAAAAGCAAAGGUGGCGAGGGCGAGGGUGAGGGUGAGGAGGAGGGCGAGGAGGGCAGCACGACGGCGGAGGCGCUCCGCUCUGUGCUGGCGCCCAACAACCCCGUGUUCGCGCUCGACAGACCCUCCUCCAAGAUCGCCGCCGUCAUGGCCUGCCUCAACGAGCACGUCUUCUCCAACGAAGGCGAGAAGGCGGUGGUGGUGUCGCAGUGGACGGGCGUGCUGGCGCUGGUGGAGCGCGAGCUGGGCCGCGCGGGGGUGCGCUGCGUGACGCUGAGCGGGGCGGUGCCGGUGGGCGCGCGGCCGCCGCUGGUGCGAGCGCUCAACGACCCCGCGUCGCCGGUGCGCGUGAUGCUGCUCUCGCUGACUGCGGGCGGCGUGGGGCUCAACCUGUGCGGCGCCAGUCACCUGCUGCUGCUGGACCCGCACUGGAACCCGCAGCUGGAGCAGCAGGCGCAGGACCGCGUGUACCGCGUGGGGCAGACGCGCCACGUGCACGUGUACCGCUUCAUGUGCCGCGACACCGUGGAGCAGUCCAUCCGCCGCCUGCAGCAGGACAAGCUGGCGCUGGCCGACAGCGUGCUGACCGGCGCGCGCGCCACCAACCACGCCAAGCUCUCCAUCGAGGACCUCAAGGUGCUCUUCAACAUGGCCGCCUAGCCGCAGUCUAGUGUUUAAGUCAAUGUCUCGCCUUUACUUACUUACAGGUCAAUGAUGUAUUGUUUAACGUCUAUCAGCUGUACUGAUUAAUGUCGCUGUGAAUUUUGGCUUUGAAACAAGAUGUAAAAUUAUGAAGUAAUGAUGUGAUAAUUAUAUUCUACUUAAUGUUGUCAAAUCUUGUCUCUCGAAUUGUACUCUAACAAACU